UGUGUGUGCGUGUGUGUGUGUGUGUGUGUGUGUGUGUGUGUGUGUGUGUGUGUGUGUGUGUGUGAGAGCUGGAUAGUUGGACAGGCAGAGAGCCAGAUAGGUGGUUGCAGCCGGAUGACCAUCCAGCUAUCGCAGUUCUUGUGUUGAAGGGCUAGGUGGUUAUCUCUACGCUGUAAUCUCAGGCGAAGGAAGGGAAGAAUGAUGAGGAACGCGAUGAGUAUGCCCUCGCCAUCCCAACUGACCCAUCCCCAUCGGCCAUCUUCCGUGUCGGAGGAGGGUUUGUUCUCCAUGCUGGCAGAAGACUUGACUGUGGUUGAGGACAAGCAAGCAGAGACACUGAAAGCAAUAAAGGAUGAAUUGUUUGCAGAGCUGCGGAAGGAAGAGAAGAAGCUUGACUGUGAUGCAUGGAUGUAUGGCACUCCUCGUAGUCAGAUUUGAUUCUCCCACAUGGCGAGACUGGAUUUCCCGAAUGUAGCUGUCUUGUUUCUUCAACUUUCUUGUACUUGUACUUGCACUGUUUUUUCUUCAACUUUCUUGUACUUGCACUGUUUUCUUUCAAAGUGCUAUGCACUGUACACAGCACAUGUUAUGCCAUGUAGACCUGGUGAUUUCGCAUAGCCGUAUGGAAUCUCUGAAUGGCGGGUUCGUUCGCUGGGCUUGGCGGUUCGUUCCCCGGGCUUGGCAGUUUGUUCCCCGAAUGUUGCUGCAUUUCACACUCAUCUUUGUGAAUGCUAUGUGUGCAUUAUCGCAACUGUUUCCAAGAUUUCAUAGUCGCUCCCAUGGAAGUCGCUGCAUUUGAUGGACAUGUAGCUUCUCUUUGGAAAUGCGGUGCGUGUGUGUGUGUGUGUGUGUUUCUGCAACUGAGCGUCCAGAGAAUUUCCUAAGCGAUCUAUUGUGCAAGUGAAAGUU